CAAGCACGGCAUGUGUGUUGCUUGCGAUCCCCACCACCACUGAGCCCUGCUUCACUGCCUCUGCUGCAUACUCGACCUGGAAUAUCCGCCCUUGCGGGGAGCUAAGUAAUGUUACCGAAUCGUUGUCAUAGUUGUUUCUGAACAUGAUGGCGGCCGACGAUAACUCGUAUCAAGGUAUGGCGGAAUGAGUUAAUGAAUGGAUAGCAGUUGCCAGAAACUCGUCGUCGUGCAGCGCAAGUUUGUUGGGCGUAUGUCGGGAAUUCGCGUUGGUUUGAUCUGGGGGGAGCUUCGUUCAAUUGACCACACCAGGCAGCUCCAAACUACGUCGCCCAAGCAAGGAGAAGUCCCGGUACCGCGAUACCUCGCUUAUAAGGAUACCAAGCCUGGAGCUACUAGCCUUUUCAUGAUUAGCGUACCAGCUCUCCAGCUGGACCCGCCAAGGCUGACGAAGGUCUGGGCUGAGAGCGUCACAAGCACAGCUCCCACUCGGCCGUCAUCGCCAGCCGCCGACAACGAACACAUAGCCGGCUCGACGACCACACAACGCUUCACAGCACAGGACUGGACCGACGCGAUAGACACACUAUUGCUGCUCUCAAAACCACGCCCCGUCAACAUCACCUCCCAAACACCACCGAUUGAAGUCCACCCCAAAACGAAACCUUGCAAGCAUCGCGCGAUUCUCCGCCGCACCUUCAGUCUAGCCGCUACCACCAGCACAUUUCACGCACGCUUGCGCAACAACCACAGCCAGCAGGACUCUAAGAAAUCGAGAACCCCCACCUCCAAGCGGAUUGCCUUGCAACAUACAUGAUAUAACUUUCCCAAAAUGCCAACAGCAGGCCUCAAAACGAUAAUCGCCCUCUCCUUCGUGCUGGCUGUCGGCUUCCUGCUCGUCAUCCUCUCGUGCGCCCUCUGGCACUCGUACUACCCGUUGCUGGUCGUCGCCAC